AUGACCGAAGUAUCGUCUACCAGGUUGUACCUGGGGAAUCUCCCGCGAACUGCUACCAAAGCAGACGUCGAAGCACACUUCGCCACCCAUGGCACCGGCGAAAUAACUGAAAUCAAACUCAUGAACGGCUUCGGCUUCAUUGAAUACAAAGAUGCCAUGGAUGCCCGUGAUGUAGUCCCAGCUUUCCAUGGAUCCGAUUUUAUGGGCGAACGCUUGACAGUGCAAUUUGCCCGUGGAACCCGGCAUCGGGAGGGCGGUAAUGGCGGCGGCUUUAACAACGAGCGCGCUCCUCCAAGGCCUCGCCGUACUCCCCAUCGGAUGCAGAUCACGGGACUUCCCACCGAUACCAGUUGGCAGGAUCUCAAAGAUUUUGCCCGUCAAUCGAGUCUCGAUGUCGUCUAUUCUGAGACCGGCCGCGACGGCAAUGGUCGAGGAUUCGUUGAAUUUGAGACCGCAGCCGACCUGAGAACUGCGGUCGAGAAGCUUGACGGCCGAGAAUUCAAAGGAAAUCGUGUCACCUGUGUUGCCGACCUGACGCACUUCAUCAGACCCAACCCGAUAUGCCUCCUCGCGACAUCCGCGGCGCGCGCUCACGUUCUCCUGGCGGACGUCGCCCUUACCCGCCUCCGAUGGACGACUACGAUAGGCGCGGCCCUCCACGAGGUUACAGUCCGCGCAGAGAUGGAUAUCGUGACGGCUAUCGUGAGCGCAGCCCUCGUCGAGAGUACUAUGAUGAUCGCGCUCGAUACCGAUCCCCUCCUCGCCGCCCUAUGGAUGAUUACCCUCCACCGCGAGGCCGCUAUGACGACCCCUACCGUCGAGACUAUCCUCCGCCACCCGAUCCCUAUGCCAAUGGUAGACCCUACGACCGUCCUCCGAGAGACUUCCCUCCUCGAGAUGGGGCGUACCCUCGUGAUGGGUACCCUCGCGAGUAUGACCGUGGUGGCCGUUACUGAUCCUGGAGGCGCCCAAAACAUGUUACAGUACAGAGACCGCAUCCUCUAG